UUGCAUGAAGGAUGAUCUGGUCUUGGUGAAGAGUGUUAAAUCAAGUGCAUAGAAGGGAGAUAGAAUCUUUAUACGCUUUUGGGCAUUGGGAAGGCUGGCUAAGUCUGAGACUUAGCGCCGCACCGAGAGGGAUCAAGCAAAAAAUUUGUGAGCAGAUUUCUGCCUGGUGACACCUGCCAUCUAUCCAUUAACCGGAGAGGACGAGAAAAAAGGAGAAAAAAAAAAAAAGCCACCGCAAUCUCCAUCUAAGAAAGAGGCCAAAACAAUCACUAGUCUCCAUCGCCUCCAUUCUGUCACCGUGUUUCUCCUUUUUCUUCUCUGAUCUCCGGCGUCGAACACAUCAUCCCCAUUCCUCACUCACUCCCGAACCGAUCGCCAGCGAAACGCCCCCCCCCCCCCCCCCCCCCCCCCCCCCCCCCUCUUCCGGGGAAAGCCGGCAGGCAUACGAACCCUCCCUCGCGUCGUCGUCGUCGUCUGAUGGGAGGCGGGAGAGGCGUCGGCGUGGUUUAUCUCGCCGGACGCGGGAGCUGAGAUGCGGCAGGAUCCGUCGGGAAUCCCCUCGUUCCUCGACGGUGGCCGUCCGAUCCAGGAGUUCGACAACCCGGGGCCCUUGCUGUUCCUUCCCUUGCUUUUCCUCCAGGGAGGAGGGAUGGAUCUGUCCCGAAUCGGCGAGAAGCUCCUCAGCUCCGUGCGCUCCGCGAGAUCUCUCGGGCUUCUUCCCCCGGCGUCCGAUCGUCCGGAGGUUCCAGCUCGAGCAGCAGCAGCUGCUGCUGCUGCUCGUGCUCUAGCAGGACUUCCCCCACAUCAAAGGAUUACCCUUCCAUCAAAUUCUGAAGAAUUGGUUUCAAUCUAUGGCAUCAGAUCCCAAGGUCAGGUCAUAGAAGAGCUUGAGGAAGGCUUCUAUCAUGAGGAUUUUGAUCCAGUGAGGCAUGUUCUGGAAAAUAUUCCAUCUGAAGAAAAUGAUGUUACCUAUUUUGAUCAGAAGUCCACUCUUAGAUUGGCCCAGCUUGAUAAGAUAGCAGAACAGUUAUCACGUCAUGUUAUGGAGCAUCAUGAAGAGAUGGUGAAGGGGAUGCAAUUGGUGAUGGAGUUGGAGCAAGAUUUGAAAGUUGCAAAUGUCAUCUGCAUGAAUGGGAGAAGACAUAUAGCCUCGUCAAUGCAAGAGGUCUCAAGGGAUCUUGUUGUGAACUCGCAUUCGAAAAAGAAACAAGCUUUAUUGGACAUGCUUCCAAUUCUUACAGAACUUCGUCAUGCAUUAGACAUGCAAAUGGAACUUGAAGCACUAGUUGAGAAUGGAAAUUACUUUGUGGCAUUUCAGUUAUUACCAGAGUACUUGCAAGUUUUGGAGAACUAUUCAGAACUUUCUGCUAUUCAAGAAAUGGGAUGUGGUGUUGAGGCUUGGUUAGCAAGGACAAUUCAGAAGCUGGAUUCACACUUACUAGGAGUUUGCCAGAUGUUCAAGGAGGAAAGCUACAUAACUGCAGUUGAUGCAUAUGCGUUAAUGGGGGAUGUUGCUGGGCUUGCUGAAAAAAUACAGAGUUUCUAUAUGCAAGAAAUUCUCUCUGGAACACAUUCUGUACUGAAAGAUUUGGUGCAAGAGGAAAUUGGAAAUACAACGCAGAGAAGUAGACUUACCUACAGUGAUCUCUGUGUUCAAAUACCUGAAUCCAAAUUUCGGAAGUGUUUGUUAAAAACUUUGGAUACCCUAUUUAAGUUGAUGUGUUGAUAUUAUUCUAUCAUGAGCUUUCGACCAGAAGAAAAGGUAAUUGAUUCAGAGUCACAGAUAUCAAGCAAUUCAAGUGUACAGAAUGGAUUUAAAUCUGAGUCUCUGCCAAAAAAGGAAGACUUUGAUGCAGCAAAUAGUAUGUCUGGUAUUGGUGUAACUGAAAAUCUGAGAUCAACAACUUUACAUUCUUGUACAUCAUCUACUGAGAUAAAUGAUGGUGAAACUGCCACAUCAAGCAGUGGUCGUCCCUUUUAUCUGCUGAGAAAAGAUGCCACAGAGAUUGUUGCUCACACACUAGAGAAAGGGCGAAAAAAUCUAUGGCAACUUAUGACAAGUCGUUUAUCUGUCUUGCUAUCUUGUUCAGCCAUCUGCUCAACUAGCAAUUACCAAUUCCUGAGGAACUAUGAAGAUCUUAAUGUAUUUAUUUUGGCUGGUGAAGCAUUCUGUGGAGUGAAAGCUGUCGAAUUCAGGCAGAAACUGAAAAUUGUUUGUGAAAAUUAUGUGACAGCCUUUCACCUUCAAAAUGUUCAUGCACUUAAGAUGAUCCUGGAGAAAGAGUCUUGGGUGAAAAUGCCAGCGGAGGCACUGCAAGUAAUCAGUUUGGCUGGCCUUAUUGGUGAUGCUUCUCCUUUGAUUGUUCCUUUUGUCAGUAAUACUUCCACUGUUUCAGCACUUCACUCUAAAAAGUCUUAUGAUCCAGCGUUUAGUGGCAAGCAGAAUAGUGGAUUUGUUUAUUGGCUUAAGUUAGAAAAUCCAUUUUCUUCAAAGCUGGCAUCUGGCUCUAAGGAAUCACCGAAGGCUCAUUUAUUAUUCAGUGAAUCAAGGGCUUCAAGUUUAACUGAUGGGCAUGCUGUUGAUCUCUUACAUGAUAACAGUAUUUCUGCAAAGAAUCAUUAUGGUAAUCAUGUAAAUGGAAGUAAUUCUGUUCUAGAGGAUGAAAAUGAAGACCUUCUUGCUGACUUUAUUGAUGAAGAUAGUCAGCUUCCUAGUCGAAUAUCUAAACACACACUUGCUAGAAAACAUUCUGCAAAUUGGAAUGACGAAGAGGUUUCAGCCCAAACAGGGUCCUCACUUUGUCUACUGAGGUUAAUGGACAAAUAUGCCAGGCUCAUGCAGAAAUUGGAAAUAGUCAAUGUUGAGUUCUUCAAGGGAAUCUGCCAACUGUUUGGGAUUUUUUAUCAUCAUAUUUUUGAGACAUUUGGCCAGCGGGACACAAAUCAAAGUGGAAAAUUCUUACCAGAUACUCUAUCCUCUCGGCUUAAAACAGCCUUAUCGAAAAUUAUGCAAGAUUGUGAUGUGUGGAUCAGACCCCAAAAUGCAUCAUGUUCUCCCUCAUCACCUGUCUCAUUAAAUACGACAUUCACACAUAUGGAUGUAAUGCCUACUAUACCUCCUAGCACCGUGUUCGGGCAUGCACCAAGUACUUUAUUUGGGUUGAAGGAAAGAUGUGCAGGUGCUGAAACAAUAUCAUUAGUUGCACGCGUAUUGUAUAGAUCAAAAAACCAUCUCCAGUCAAUGCUAUUACAGCACAAUGCAACUAUAGUUGAAGAUUUUUUUGGUAAUCUGGUGGAUUCUGUUCCAGAUCUGUCCGAGCACAUUCAUAGGACAACGGCAAGUAUGCUUCUACAUAUCAAUGGGUAUGCAGAUAAGAUUACAAAUGCGAAAUGGGAGGUGAAAGAUCUUGGGUUAGAGCACAAUGGGUAUGUUGACUUGUUGUUGGGAGAAUUUAAACAUUAUAAAACAAGGCUUGCACAUGGUGGAAUCUCUAAGGAGGUUCAGGAUCUCCUCCUGGAAUAUGGACUUGAAAAUGUUGCAGAAGUACUUAUUGAAGGCCUAUCACGAGUAAAGAGAUGCACAGAUGAAGGACGGGUCUUAAUGUCAUUAGACCUUCAGGUCUUAAUUAACGGACUACAGCACUUUGUUUCCAUAAAUGUGAAGCCAAAGCUGCAAGUUGUUGAAACAUUUAUCAAGGCCUACUAUCUUCCCGAGACUGAAUAUGUGCACUGGGCACGAUCUCAUCCAGAAUACAGUAAAAGCCAAAUUGUAGGGUUAAUUAACCUUGUUGCUACUAUGAAAAGCUGGAAAAGGAAGACGAGGUUGGAAGUUCUAGAGAGAAUUGAAGCCAGCAUUUAGAGUUGGUGUGCAAUUUUCUGCAGCAUGUAAAGUCUUUUGUGAUUUAUUGGUUUUCCUCUUAUUUCUUCUGUAGAUCUGAAAUAGGUAUCUCCUAGUCUCAUUGUUCUUAGCUGUAUUAUUUUUUUUUUCCAAACUAUAAUUUUGUAUUAUAGUCUUCUUGAAAGAGAAAUAUCAGGUGUAUUUAACUGUGGACUGUCAGUCAAUAAUAUAGAUUACUCCCAUUCACAUUAGCUGUUAAA